CCCACUAUUUAUUUUCAAAACUUAUUCUUCCAGGGGGGCUAAAGCCCAAGUCUUUCCUUACUCAGUUUGAUCCAUUUUAUGUUUGGAUUUUUAACCAGUUCUGGGCACUACCCCUCAUGCUUAUAUAACAAGUGGAGAUAAAGCUCUCCCAUUGUUUUUGAACUUUUCCUGUACUUGAUACAGCAGUUCCAGGCAAUGGUUUAGAUGAUGCUGUGGUGAAUGCUGCCAUCUGUAGGCUGGAUCGUGCAGCAAGUUGGAAAAGAACUGCUUUUCCUGGAGAUAAUCGGUUUACAGGAAUUCAAUCUGCUGACAUAGGGAUAAUCCAUAUCAAGAGGUGACAAACAAAACCAAAAAGUGCUGGUUUAGAGGAGAGUGGCAGUAUAAUUGUGGCAAAAUGUUUGGUUGAAUUCUAGCACUUCGGACUUGAGAGGGAAGCCUGUCCUCUGAUUUACUUCUGAGUUUUGAUCUGUAUAACUUUCAACCCAGGAGGUAACUAAUCCCCAUGCAGCCACUGCUCACGCCCCCAUGGGAUGGGGUAUGUUGGAGAAUUGGAAGAGUAAAAGCGAGGAAACUCACGGGUUGAGAUAAAGACAGGCAGUUUAACAGACAGGGCAAAAGCUGCACACACAAGCAAAGCCAAAGAAGGAAUUCAUUCACUGCUACCCAUGGGCAGGCAAGUGUUCAGCCAUCUCCAGGAGAGCAGGGUUACCCAUGGAGACAAAUGUCAUCACUCCAAAUGUUCCCCUGCUUCCUCUUUCUUCCCCAGCUCUGUAUGUGAGCAUGAGCUCUGGUCAGAGGAGGGCAUGGAUAGCUGAUGUUAACAGGCUCUGGUUUGAGUUACCAGAUUGCAAUGAAAACUGUCCUUUUUUUAUAAAUGCCUUAUGUCCCUAGUUUUGGGGUAACGUGCAUUUUGUUGUAAAAGGCCAGGUAUCAUAUACAGUGCUUUGGCAGUUAGAGUUCCUGCGCCAGAUAAUCCUGGUUUCUUGCUGUCUGAGUCAGAAAAAAGAAAAUUGUGUCAGGCAUGGCUUUCUCUAGCAUGGUCCUAGGUAGCUCUGCUGGGACGGUGUCUCCCAUUAAUGGAUCCCACAUUAACAUUCCCUACAAUAAUUAAACCCUAGAAGGGGACCUAGGUAGUUCCUUUGUUUAGGAGCACUAGUGUGGGAAGCGGGGCCUAUGAGUGGUGCUACCAUUUGGCCUUUAAAACCAGAGGUAUUUUCAAUUCUGGGUGUACAUGGUUAUUGCUAAACUUUUUUUUGGCACCAUCUCAACAGCUAUCUCCAUAUCUUUUCCUCUUUGCAUCCUCUGCCUGCAAAGGAAGCAUGACACAGCAACACCAGGCUUGGUAGUGUGCAGAUGUGGCCUAGUAUUUGUUGAUACCUGUUCUGGUAACAUCUUCCAGAGCAUAAGGGAAAAGGUUGUAGAAAUGAAUUAAUCUUUUUCUUACCUACAAUAAACAAUUAUGUUUUCAAACUUGAGCAUGGGACCGAUUAAAGCAGGCUUGCUGCCUCUACUACCUGCUUUAAUCCUGCUCUGGAUAGAGCAGUAAAAGCAUAAUACAAUCUUCUUUCAGCCCUAGCAACCAUGACCCAAGGUGCCUCUCUUGCAGCCCUGUCUCUCGUGGAGGUUUUUGCUAGUGUGAUUUACUGCCAGGUGAUAGCUGUUCAUUCUUGUUAAACCCUUACAUUUUUAGAACAGUUGCACUGCAUCUUAGUCCAAUUUAUCUAGUCCUGGUACAUAAGCUUCAGAUCCUCGUUUUUCAUUUCUAUAUUCCUGAUGUGAUCUUUGGAAUAAAAUUCAUGUGGCAAUAGCUGGGAGGGAGGUGCCUUUCUGUGAAAAGGGUGUGUUCUGGAGUUUGGUUUGAUUGGAUGAAGUCAGCCAAACACAUUGAUCUCGUUUAUUUACAAAGGUGAGGAGUUUGAGGGUGGGAUUUUUGCCUCUAUCCAAUUGCAGUGCUGGGCUCUAGAUAGGCACAGCUCUUCAGGCCAUCGGACAGUAAAUGUGCGGCUGCUGCACGCUGCAGCCCUUCUUGGUCAAGGAACCAUUUUUGGAGAGAAAACAUGCCGAGGUACACGGUGCACGUCCGAGGAGAGUGGCUGGCAGUGCCGUGCCUAAGCUCCACGAACACCGUUGAGUGGCUGGGAAGGGAAGCUGUGAGACGGUACAUGAAAAACAAACCUGACAACGGGGGAUUUGCCUCAGUGGAAGAAGUAAAGUUUUACAUUCGAAGGUGCAAGGGACUUGGCUUGCUGGAUCUUGAUGAUACUGUGGGGGAUGCUCUAGAGGACAAUGAAUUUGUUGAAGUUGUUAUAGAAGGAGAUAUAAUGUCUCCAGAUUUCAUACCAUCUCAGCCAGAAGGAGUUCAUUUAUACAGCAAAUACCGAGAACCAGAUCAGUAUAUUUCUUUAGAUGGCAACAGCUUAACAACGGAGGACUUGGUCAACUUAGGAAAGGGACUCUACAAGAUAAAGCUCACACCCGAAGCUGAAGUUAAAGUCAAACAAUCACGAGAAGUGAUUGAAAGGAUCGUAAAGGAACAGACGGUUGUUUAUGGAAUCACCACGGGUUUUGGGAAGUUUGCCAGGACUGUCAUCCCAAACAGUAAUCUGAGGGAGCUUCAAGUGAACUUGGUUCGUUCACAUUCUGCAGGUGUGGGGAAACCUUUGACCCCAGAGAGAACUCGCAUGCUGUUGGCACUGAGAAUCAAUGUCCUAGCCAAAGGAUACAGUGGAAUAUCCCUGGAAACCCUCGAGCAAGUUAUUGAAGUGUUUAAUGCAUCCUGCCUUCCUUAUAUCCCAGAGAAAGGGACAGUUGGAGCCAGCGGAGACUUGGCCCCUCUCUCUCAUCUUGCUCUGGGAUUAAUUGGAGAGGGAAAGAUGUGGUCCCCGAAGAGUGGCUGGGCUGAUGCUAAAUAUGUCCUGGAAGCCCAUGGACUGAAACCAAUUACCUUGAAACCAAAAGAGGGUCUGGCCCUCAUCAACGGGACACAGAUGAUCACCUCGCUGGGAUGUGAGGCGGUUGAAAGAGCUGGGGCUAUAGCGAGGCAAGCUGACAUCAUCGCUGCCCUCACACUCGAGGUCCUGAAGGGUACAACGAGGGCCUUUGACACUGAUAUCCAUGCAGUGCGCCCGCAUCGAGGGCAGGCUGAAGUGGCCUUUCGAUUCAGGUCCCUUCUAGAUUCUGACCAUCAUCCAUCAGAAAUAGCAGAGAGCCACAGAUUCUGUGACCGAGUUCAGGACGCGUACACAAUGCGCUGCUGCCCUCAGGUCCAUGGAAUUGUAAAUGAUACAAUUGCUUUUGUGAAGGACAUAAUAACAACAGAAAUCAACAGCGCCACGGACAACCCUAUGGUGUUUGCUGAAAGAGAAGAGACCAUUUCUGGAGGAAAUUUUCAUGGUGAAUAUCCUGCAAAGGCUCUGGACUACUUAGCAAUUGGUGUGCAUGAACUCGCUGCAAUUAGUGAAAGAAGAAUUGAGAGGCUCUGCAACCCCUCACUCAGUGAACUGCCUGCAUUUUUAGUCACUGAAGGAGGUCUGAACUCAGGCUUCAUGAUUGCACACUGCACUGCAGCUGCCCUGGUGUCUGAGAACAAAGCCUUGUGCCACCCCUCUUCUGUGGAUUCUCUCUCAACCAGUGCUGCUACUGAGGAUCAUGUGUCCAUGGGAGGAUGGGCUGCAAGAAAAGCUUUGAGAGUUAUUGAACAUGUGGAACAAGUUCUGGCCAUUGAGCUGCUCGCUGCCUGCCAGGGCAUUGAAUUCCUCCGCCCUCUGAGGACGACAACCCCAUUGGAGAAGGUCUACGACCUUGUGCGCUCCGUGGUGAGGCCCUGGAUAAAGGACCGCUUCAUGGCCCCAGACAUUGAAGCAGCUCACAGGCUCCUCGUGGAGCAGAAGGUGUGGGAAGUGGCUAAACCUUACAUUGAAAAGUACAGGAGGGAACACAUCCCUGAAUCAAGACCCAUUUCACCUACAGCCUUCUCCCUGGGAUCACUGAGAAUCAGUGCUGAUGAUACUCAUGACCACAAGCAUCAGAAUGAACUUUAAGAGUUGUGAUCUUCUGGCAAGAGCAGAUCCUUUCCAGAACCUUACCUGAGUGUGAUAAACGCCAAUCACUCGCUUUUUGAAAUUUAUGAAAAUUUAAUAAAGAAUAAAAAUUGGUUACAAAAAUAUUAAUACAAUAAUAAAAGUUUAAAAAGUUUUCAGAGACAGGACAAAUAAUGAGACAAUAAGAGCAAAGAAAAAAGGUAGCCCGGGACUACCGUCCCUCCUCCUUUCCAGACAAAGGCUGUGAAGGAGAAGGGCAACUUAGAGAGAAAUUUCGGUCUUUUCUGCAACCUCCUCAUUACUAUGCAUAUUUUCCCUGGCGUCUGCAAGUCUGGUUUAAGUCUUUGAAGAGGUUACUUCUGUUGAUAAGGAGCCAUAAAUUCUUCUUCACUAGAGGAUUUCUUGUAACUGUUAUCUCUAUACUAAAAACCUCCUGUUCAUCUUUUCUUUCUUUUGAGCUAAAGAAAAUAUCUUACACACAAAUUUUCUACUAAGACUUAAUGUUAAAACUACAUUUACUAUAUUAUUUAAAUGUUAAUAUUGCAUAACUUUUCUACCUAGCAUAUUACAUAUAGUAAAUAUCUGCGUAGAGCCACACACACAAUAUGCCUUUUUCACACUGAGCAUGGCUGUUCUACUCAAACUCAAUGUGGUUUCUCCAGGUGAGCUAGAGGACCUGACUGUCUAGCUCAGAAGCACAAAUAGAUAGUAAAGUCUCACUGCUUUCCUCGUGUGUAAAAGACAACUUUGUCAUCAUAGUGUGGUUUUGACUGAAUUUCAUGAACUUCUGAAUACAAGUCAUUCAAACUUCUGCUGAAACCAGUAAUUGUUUUGUCAACUUUUCAUUUGUUUUCUCUUCAUCUGCACCAAUGAUACCAAACAGCCUAAGUUUGAUAUUCUUACAUAUCUUCUCCCCCUUUGGGUAACUGCUGUGAACCUCUUCAUUUUGCCACAAGCAAGGUUAUCUUUACACUUAAUUCCUCUCUCUCUUGCAGAUCAUAUGUGAGAUAUAGGCUAUUGUAUAGGAGCACUUUUAGAGCAGGUGCUUCAUAAAUCAGAAAAGCUGUGUGCAUAGGAAUGUGCUAUUGUUGGGGGUUAGAUUUGGGGUUUUUUUCUUCUCACAGAAUUUUUCCCCAUAAGUUUCCAAGAAGCCUUGAUGACUACUUAGUCAGAACAAAAGGGACUACUUGAGGGAUAUGGCAGCACAAGGCUACACCUAUUGUUUUUGAGUCCCUGGGAGUGUCCCUCAGAGGAGAGAGAUGAUGAGCUUUGGGAAAGGCAAAAAGACAGAUCUGGGGGAGGGGGAGGCACUCUUGCUCUCAGCGCCGAGGAGGACGGUCAGGCUGCCCUCUGCCUCUGUCUCGUCCUGGGAAAUCUAUCGUCAUCUGCUGUGUACCCGGGAAUCCUGAACUCGCUUUCUCCAGCCUCCCCCCACCGCCGCUGCUUCUUGGGAGCUUUGAGGUUCCCCUGCUACUCUGUAGCCCUGCCCUGCCCAGCCCUGCCAGGACACCCCCUGCUGCUCCAGCUGCCAGCGCAGAGCUCCUCAUCUCAUCCACCAGCCCGGGACUUUCCUCCCUUCCAGCUCGGCCUCUCGGAGCCCUGCAGGGGCACCCAGAUAAAACUGCUCUGGGCUUUUGUAAAAGAAAGCCCUCAAGGUUCUUGGUUCUGUUUAUUAUUGAUGCUGUAGUUGUUGUUUGUUUGUUGCUUUGUCAUAUAUACUAGUAAAGAACUGUUAUUCCUA